AUGAUUUCGAGGUAGUUCGAUGUUGUUUUGGGUCUUAGAAGUUUGAAAUUUUUUUAAAAAAUGCCAUUUUCGAGCUUUUUUUGGAAAUAAUUGAUUUUUUCUAUGUUACAGUAAUCCAUCAAAAAGGGAUUAAUCCCAACAAUGUUCCUCGAUAUCUGUUACGUAUAUAUACAAGUUUACUUUAACGCGUAAUUGUGGCACUAUGAUUUUUUAAAUGUACAAAAAGCCGGAAGAAAGCGCCUUUAAUAAAAAUUUAAUUUUGAGCAUGUUACAGUAAACCAAUCCAAAAGUAAUCAACUACAAAAAUGUCCCGUGAUGUUUGUUGCGUAUAUAUAAAAGCGUUUGAGUCAUUGUGACAUGUAGUUUUGGCACUGUGAAUUUUUGAUUGUACAAAAAGCGUGUAGAAAGCUACUUUUUUGGAUAAAAAUUUAAUUUUGAGAAUGUUACAGUAACCCAAUCAAAAAAUCAACACUUUCAAAACGUUUACCAUCGUCCUUAAUGUAUUGCGACCAAGUAUCCAAACCGUUCCAACCCUUUAUUUUUCAGAUUCCGGCCAGAAACCGCCCUCUACAAAGAGUACUUCGCAUUGGUGGGAAAAGCGGACGCGCGUGCCAAAAGGAAGACCCAAAAAGGUGGUACUCCGAAAGGUGGUGCCAAGAGUCCGAUGUCAAGACGACGGUCCAGUGAGAAGCCCAAAAGCACUGGCUUAGCCCAGAAAGGGGGUCCAAAAAUCAAGAGGAGCAGUUCACCUCAUGCAUAA